UCACUUUGAUGUGCGCGCCCUGGCGGGAAAUAUUGUUUUAAACGUAAUUCACCUCGAACGCAAGCGAACACACAUCUAUCGCGGAUAUUUGUCGUUAUAAGUGUCUGAUGGACACGGUCCCCGGGAGAGCGGAGAUUGAUCGUCGACUGAUGCGUGUUUCUUGUUCGUGAGGUGUUGAGCUAGCUGCUAACACGCACCCGUGUCUCGCGAGGGCGUAGAAAAAUCAACGUGACUAGGCCGACGUUAGCGGCACUACAACCUUUGGCAUUUCUUUUUUUUUUUUUGUGUCUGAGGAGUCCAUAAACAACUAGGUCACAUUCUGGUAAUGGAGACGAGCAGCAACAGCGAAUGCUUUGGAUGUGGCCGAUCUGGUCAUUGGGUCAAGCACUGUCCUAAUGCCAGUGGUUCGCGUGGACGUGGCAGGGGACGAGGACGGGGCAAGGAUUUGUUUUGUUAUCGGUGCGGAGACCAGGGUCACAUGGCCAGGGACUGCGACCAGACUGAGGAUGCAUGCUACAACUGUCACAGGAGUGGUCACAUUUCCCGGGACUGCAAGGAGCCGAGAAAGGAGAGGGAGCAGCUCUGCUACACUUGUGGCAAAGCUGGCCACAUGGCCCGUGACUGCGAUCACGCCAACGAGCAGAAGUGCUACUCCUGCGGCGGGUUUGGUCACAUCCAGAAGCUUUGCGAUAAGGUGAAAUGUUACAGGUGUGGUGAGAUUGGUCACGUUGCUGUGCAUUGCAGUAAAGCCAGCGAGACUAACUGCUACAAUUGUGGGAAAGCAGGCCACCUGGCAAAAGAGUGCACCAUCGAAGCAACCGCAUAAUCAGCGCCCUCUGUUGCCCCUCCUUUUUUUUCAGAUUGAUGGUUGGUUGUAUUAUUUUCUCUGAAUCCUCUUCACUGGCCAAAGGUUGGCUAACAGAGGCUAGUCCCAGGCCUGUGAGCCUCUCGUCAUGUAAUACAAUGAAAGGGGUGAAAAUAUCUUUCUGCAUUCAGUACAAAAAAUGUUUUAGUUUGGUAGCGGUGUUAUGUGUAAUGCUUUGUUAACGAAAACCCCCUUUCCAGGCCACUGGUGAUGAGCAAGGACGAAACAUACGGGAAUCUAUAGGACCUCUGAGCUAGUGGACAUGUGUCUCACUAAAGUGAGACGGAAGAAGAGAGUAAAUGGAAACCAAACAUCCAUGUGUGGUUAUUUUGGUUUGUUUUAGUGGAAUAUGAGUUGGCCAAGAGAGUAUGACAUGGAAACAGUUCAUAACAUGAUGCUUUUCAGCCCCACAAGCAGCUACAAGUGGGCGGUAACAAACAACGCUAUAACAUGAAGAUAUGAAAACUUUGGAGUUAAUAAAAGAAACAUGCUCUUUUGUAGAAAUCUGUUUACAAUUAAAAAAAAGUCAUUGGUAGUCCAAGGUAGGCUUUGUUCUUUUAAAAUGGCUUUGGAUUAUUUUUUUAUUUUAUUUUUUUCUACCUUGGCAAAAAUUUAACAUCAAGAGCAGUUGUCAGCAGAAUUAGGAGUUAUUUGGGAAUUAAAUGUUUUCACAGAAAUCAAAAAAAUGUUAUUUUUGUACAAUAUCACUUAGACUACUGUAUAAAUACCAUUUGCUUGUACUCAGUUUUUAAGUCGGAAGGAAAGUGCAACUGAAGUCCUAAAAAAUAGAAAUGUAAUUUUAAACUAUCAAUAAAGCUGGAGGAGCACGGGGAGAA